CACUAAGACGGUUGAGCGUCAGCCUUCCCAAGCAAAGGCCUUUCCGUAUUUAACAGCGGCGAAUCUGCGAGGCGCGACCCAUCGCCAGCUCAGUUUAGGCGGUUGUCAGGGUGAAUAAAGAUGGCGGCAGGGACCGAGGAAGACACAGAGCUGAGGGAUCUCCUCGUGCAGACGCUGGAGUCCAGCGGGGUGCUAAAUAAAAUAAAGGCUGAAUUGCGAGCAGCUGUAUUUUUAGCAUUAGAAGAGCAAGAAAAAGUAGAGAACAAAACUCCUCUGGUAAAUGAAAGUUUGAAAAAGUUUUUAAACACAAAAGAUGGUCGAUUAGUGGCCGGUCUUGUCACUGAAUUCCUUCAGUUUUUCAAUCUUGAUUUUACCCUGGCUGUCUUUCAGCCUGAAUCAAGCACAUUAAAUGGGCUUGAAGCUCGAGAAAGUUUAGCUCAACACUUGGGAAUUAUUGAAGCUGAAGGUACAGUAGAUGGGCCCUUACUACUGGAAGUAGUGAGAAGAUGUCAGCAGAAGAAAGGAGCUUCUAAUAGUGGAGACGUAGUUCCCAUAAUAUCUGGCAUUGUACAUUCUCCUCCAAAAUCAUCAGAUGGAAGGCUUAACUUACCCCCAUUGCCAAGUAAGAUACCAAGGUAUAAAGGACAUCGUAAAAAGAAACAGUGCUUGGACACGGCUGAGCAGGUUACUGAAAACAGUCAAAGCGAUACAACCAUCUCAUCUGGAGAAACAAAGAGUAAAGGCAUUAUUCACUUCUUACCUAAUGAAGCAAAAUUAGUUUCUCAACCAAACAGAGACCUAGAUACCAAAGAAAAGAAUAGCCUAGCAGAAGAGGAAGAUGAUGCAGAAGACGAUCCCUUCUUUGAUGAUCCCAUACCAAAACCCGAGCAAACAUAUGGCUGUGAUACUGUGGAAGAUGCCAAGGAACUGCCUGUAACUGAAGGCAGGCAGAAAUCAUGGGAGAGGAAAAAUGACUCUAGCAAAGAAGGAAAUAUUGCAUCUCUUUCUGGUACACCGCCCAUAAACAGUGGUCUUAAUUCUUUGAUUGGAGCAUCUCCAUUAAAGGAGCCUGACAGUGCAAACUCAAUUUUGAAAGACAUAAAGAUGGUGAAUUCUAAAUUUGGAUCACUUGAACUAGGGGAUGAAGAGGAAUAUGCUGAUGACUUCAACAGUGCCAGUCAACGUUCAGAGAAAAGCGAAGCCAGUAUUGGUGAAGAAAUAGAAGAUAUUUCUGUGGAAUUAGAUGAGUUCAAUACUAGUGAUAAACUUGAAGACUUCACACAAGACUUUACCAUUUCUCAGUUAAGUGGUGUAGCAGAUUAUCUAGAAGAUGUUGCUUGAUUGUAGGACAGAGAUCUUAAUCUGUUGGAUUGAGAACUUUUGUAGACUAUAUAAGACAAUCACUUUACUGUAUUAUCUCGCUCCAGAAUUGUGCCUUCUGUUUCAAAGGAAUAAAAAGACAAAGCUGGAGAUGGGGAGAAAAGCUUUUGAACUUGCAAGAACCGAACAAAUAUUUAGUUUUGGAGUGUAGCAUUGAAGAUUGCUCUCUAGUUCUGUUAAACAUUUCACAGAAGGUGAUGGAUGACCCGUUGCAGGCAGCGGAUAUACCAAGAUGAUUUCUUCUACACAAAUCCUUAAGGGAAAAUAUCUGCAAAGCAGAACAAUGGCAGAUGUGAUGUAUUGGUAUAGUAACCAUCUGGCUUUUGGCUGAAAAAUGAAGAAAAUUCAACUUGCUUUUUUGUUGACCUUAUUAUAAUUGUCAGUUUCAAUAAUAAUUUUCUGUAAUAGCUGUUAAAGUUAUUUCAGCAGCCACAGAAUAUCAGCCAAGAUUUUCAAAACUAACUAGUUAAGAUGCCUGACCUGAAGCAUGUUAGAAGAUCUUGUUGUUUGAACUAUGAAUCACCAUAACUUCUAGUAAGCUAGCCCCUUGUUGCAGCUUGGGUGCUUAGCUUUUCUGCAUCAAGAUCACUAGAUACUUGGAAUAGAAAAUUGGAAUAUGAGCCUUAACUCUAAACCUAUUUUUAUAGAUUUAAACAUUUGCCACUCUAAGUUAGGUGCCUGUUUGUUAAUUUAAUGAAAUAUCUAAAUGGUUAUUAGCAUGGGGUUUUGUUUUGUUUUUUUGAAACACAGCUAACUACAGAAUAAAACUGUUCCAGAAGCAUUGCUUACAGUUUUGGAACUUCUGUGGUAAGAAUUAUUUACCUGAAUAAUUAUUUUGCGUGUGUGUGAGAGAGUGUUUUUGAGCACAGAUCUUCUUUAGUCUGCUUCUGGACGACUGUAAAUUGUGAAUCACACCACCUGCAUCAAUUUAAAUGCUCUUCCCUACUAACCAAAUGUCUCAGUUCGCUUAAGGAUGCUGUACAAAUUGUCAAUUCCUUGUACAUUAGUAUACAAAAUCUCCAUUUAUUUUAAAGGGCUUGCAUAAGAAUUGUAGCAUUUGUAUCACCAAUAUUUAGCUAAAGCCAUCAUUGAAUAAAUGAUUAGAAGCCAGGGUGGUGUGUUCCGUCACAAAUCUCUCCGAAACAUAGUAGACCUUUGUUAUAAGUGUAUGAGGAGGCAAAGGUUUUUCACUUUUGGCAAAAAUAAGGUCAGCGAUCCAGAAGGUGCUAACUAAAUUUAAGU